AAAUCUUGAAAGCUGGAAAAUACCAUGAUUGGCGGAUUCUAGGGGCGCCCUCGCCGGGUGGAUAGGCUCGACGCGGCCAGGAGAUCCAUGCUCGCCGCCCCGCCUUAAGCUGCUCUGGUUCGCUCUCCUUUCGAUCCAACGCCUUCUCAUGGAAUCCGAUGUCUCGAUCCUUCGCCUCCACCUUGAUCUUGCCGUCGUCCAGAUUUCUCUGGUGACGUCUUUCCCCGCCUUUUCCCCCUCUCGGAGCUCGUUUUCCCCCGUUUUUCUUCCUUCUUUGUGAGCAAGAUCCUUUCCUUCUGCGGAAAGAGUUGGAUUUGGUGGUUCGUUUUGUCUUCCCGGUCGCGAAAACACCUUCUUUGGUUGUUUUCGCUUUUGAUCUGCGUCCACCAAGUUAAAGAGUUCGCUCGAUUUGUUUGAGGCGUGUGGGCAAUCCGAGAUGGGUUUGCUGGAGCAUGAGUUUCUGAGGAAGUAUGUGCUAUUUACCUUCGUUCUUCUUGGUCUGCUGGUUGGUUCGGCGGCUGGAAACGUGGUGCUGAUCGGGAGAAAUGUGUCAUUGUCGUUCCCUGAUGUUGAGGCAAACUUCGCUCGACCAAUCAAAAGGUCUGGUGAAUGCGGGGUAUUAUACGUUGCAGAACCUCUGGAUGCGUGUGGUCCAUUAACAAAUCAAGUUGGUGGAGGUUCAGAGAAUCCAUUUGCAUUGAUCAUAAGAGGAGGAUGUACGUUUGAUGCUAAAGUCAGAAGUGCACAAAAUGCUGGGUUCAAAGCUGCAAUUGUAUAUGACAAUGAAGAUAGUGGAGUAGUGAUUUCAAUGUCAGGAAAUCCAGUUGGCAUCCAUAUCCAUGCUGUAUUUAUCUCCAAGGCCUCUGGUGAAAUAGUGAAGAAGUAUGCAGGCCGUGCUGGUUUGGAGUUCUGGAUUAUACCCACCAUUGACAAUUCAGCAUGGUCAAUUAUGGCCAUCUCUUUCAUAUCACUUCUAGCCAUGUCUGCUGUGCUUGCUAUGUGCUUCUUUGUCCGUAGACACCGUAUAAGGCGUGAACAACCCCAAGUUCCUUACAUCCGAGAGUUCCAUGGAAUGAGUAGUCGAUUGGUGAAAGCAAUGCCAAGUCUCAUAUUCACCUCUGUUUUGGAUGAUAAUUGCACCUCAACAACUUGUGCUAUUUGCCUAGAAGACUACACUGUUGGUGAGAAGCUCAGGAUACUGCCCUGUCGUCAUAAGUUCCAUGCAUUUUGUGUUGAUUGCUGGCUCACUUCUUGGAGAACAUUCUGCCCUGUUUGCAAGCAAGAUGCUAGGGCAAGCAUAGCCAACCUUCCAGCUUCGGAGGGUACUCCCUUACUUUCUUCUGGUGCAGCAACUCCAGCUUCUAAUGCAGGAUUAUCAUCAUAUCACUCGUCCAUGGCAGCAUCCCCAGCCAUCCACAUAUCUACAAUGCCUCCCCGGCCACAAUCAAAUUCCCGGCCACAUUCAUUCUCUAGUACUCUUAAUUCCCCAGUUAUUCAACUCGCUCCAAUGCCUUCCCAAUCACAAUCAGGUUCAUUCUCUAGUGUGUAUCGUAUCCCUAACCUGCAUAGGUCUUAUGGUCACUCACCAUCUGUUCCUAUAAGUAGAAAUUCUUUAGACCGCGGAAACGCAUCAUCUCACAGAUCUCGCUCUUAUCUUGUAUCUCCUCACUCCAUGGGUUAUCCCAUUUCCUCACCUUUGAACUCGAGGCUUGCAUCUUCUUAUCUUCCUGGUUCAAGUAAUGCAUCACCCAGCUAUCUUGCCGCAUCUUCCAGUCGGCAGUCAUACUUGAGACAUUGUACUGAAUCGUCGGCAAGUCUAUCUGCUUUGGCCUCAGCACAAUCUCUGCCAGGAUGUUGAUCUAUGUUGAAUAUUCUGGACUGGGGUCCUGAGUUGGGCACAGAUGCUGCUUUUCUCUACAUGAUUUGUUCUUGGUUUCAUGGGUUGUCAGAUCCUAGAUGGAAGCAUGAGUUGUAGUACCAGAUAUGCUCAGUUAAUUCAUUGUACUGCAACAAUACGGUGAUCCCUGAACUCUAUUAGCAUUUGGGUUUCAUAAAUUUAAUCUGUGUUUGGCUGUCAUCGUUUUGUGAAGGGACCACUGACAUGCUACUGUGCUUUGUUCUAUAGAAGGGUCAGUUCAUUAUUUGUAUACGGGAUGGAACAUUCACCCGACUUAAUUUGUAUGAGGGCUCUGUAAUCUAAAAUUGGGUUAUGUCUACUCUAGGAUCUGACUGGCAAGAGAAAAGCUGCAAUGUUCCUCAA